CCUCCAAGUACAAAUCUCUCUCAUUCCACUUUCCUCUCCCUCAAAAAAACUUGUUUUGAAAAAAAGAAAAAAAGAAAAAACUUUUGUGUGUGCGUGUGUGUCUAUCUUGGUCGUGACUUGCAGCGUUUGGUGGCGGUGCCGGAGAGUGGAGACAACAGCCAUUGUUACUGUAUGUCAGUGGAAUAUUACAGUGGACUUUACUACGGUGAGCUAGCUAACCCUUUACAAUGGCCAGAGUUCAGGAAAAAGCGACGCCUUGUUGCGCGGCAGAAAGUAACAACCGCACAACUUCUUCUGCGGCUCCCCAACAACCACCACCACCACCACAACAACAACAACCACAACGACCCUCCGUCGCCACCUUCAUUUCCGCCGUCGAUUCCCACCCUGAUCCUCCUCCCAAAACCGCUUCUGCCAAAGGUAUCACAGUCAUGGUGAGAGCUCAAACCUGCCACCCUUUGGAUCCACUAUCUGCUGCUGAAAUAUCUGUCGCCGUAGGAACUGUUCGGGCAGCUGGGGCAACACCUGAGGUGAGGGAUAGCAUGCGCUUUAUUGAAGUAGACUUGGUUGAACCAGAAAAGCAUGUUGUUGCCUUAGCAGAUGCGUAUUUCUUCCCUCCUUUCCAACCAUCACUGCUUCCCAGGACAAAAGGUGGACCUGUGAUUCCAACUAAACUUCCUCCAAGGAAAGCAAGACUAGUUGUUUAUAAUAAAAGGUCAAAUGAGACAAGCAUAUGGAUUGUUGAACUUACAGAAGUUCAUGCAGCAACUCGAGGUGGACACCAUAGGGGCAGAGUGAUUUCUUCUACAGUUGUUCCAGAUGUUCAGCCUCCAAUGGAUGCUGUGGAAUAUGCUGAAUGUGAAGCAGUUGUAAAGGACUUUCCUCCAUUUCGAGAAGCAAUGAAGAAGAGAGGGAUUGAGGAUAUGGAUCUUUUGAUGGUGGAUCCCUGGUGUGCUGGAUAUCACAGUGAAGCUGAUGCUCCUAGCCGCAGACUUGCUAAACCACUAUUCUUUUGUAGAACUGAGAGUGACUGCCCUAUGGAAAAUGGCUAUGCGCGUCCAGUUGAAGGAAUCCAUGUACUUGUUGAUAUGCAAAAUAUGGUUGUUCUUGAGUUUGAAGACCGUAAACUUAUCCCCCUUCCCCCUGCUGAUCCACUGAGAAAUUAUACUUCUGGUGAAACCCGGGGAGGAGUUGACCGAAGUGAUGUGAAACCCUUACAGAUUAUUCAGCCUGAAGGUCCAAGUUUUCGUGUCAAUGGGCACUUUAUUGAAUGGCAGAAGUGGAACUUUCGUAUUGGAUUUACUCCCAGGGAGGGUUUGGUUAUUUAUUCAGUAGCCUAUAUUGAUGGAAGUCGGGGGCGAAGGCCAGUGGCCCACAGAUUGAGUUUUGUUGAGAUGGUGGUCCCUUAUGGAGAUCCAAAUGAUCCUCACUAUAGGAAAAAUGCUUUUGAUGCUGGGGAAGAUGGCCUGGGUAAAAAUGCUCAUUCUCUCAAGAAGGGUUGUGAUUGUUUAGGGUAUAUCAAGUACUUCGAUGCACACUUCACUAACUUUUACGGAGGUGUUGAAACAAUUGAGAAUUGUGUUUGCUUGCAUGAAGAAGAUCAUGGUAUUUUAUGGAAGCAUCAUGAUUGGAGAACAGGUUUGGCUGAAGUUCGACGGUCUAGAAGGCUGUCAGUGUCUUUUAUAUGCACUGUGGCUAACUAUGAGUAUGCAUUUUUCUGGCACUUUUAUCAGGAUGGAAAAAUAGAAGCUGAGGUCAAGCUCACAGGAAUUCUCAGCUUAGGAGCAUUGCAACCAGGUGAAACUCGAAAAUAUGGCACAACUAUUGCACCUGGAUUAUAUGCACCUGUCCACCAACACUUUUUUGUUGCUCGUUUAGACAUGGCAGUAGAUUGUAAGCCUGGGGAAGCAUUUAAUCAGGUUGUUGAGAUGAAUGUCAAAGUUGAAGAACCAGGAAAGAAUAAUGUUCACAACAAUGCAUUUUAUGCUGAGGAAAAUCUGCUUAAAUCAGAAAUGGAAGCAAUUCGUGAUUGUGACCCUUUAUCUGCUCGUCAUUGGAUUGUUAGGAACACAAGGACUGUAAACCGAACUGGACAUCUAACAGGUUACAAGCUAGUACCUGGCUCAAAUUGUUUACCUUUGGCUGGUUCAGAGGCCAAGUUUUUGAGAAGAGCAGCUUUCUUGAAGCACAAUCUUUGGGUUACUCCUUAUGCUCGCGAUGAAUUGCAUCCUGGAGGAGAGUUCCCUAAUCAGAAUCCACGCGUUGGAGAGGGUUUGGCUACUUGGGUUAAGCAAAAUCGACCACUGGAAGAAGCUGAUAUAGUUCUUUGGUACGUAUUUGGAGUGACACACAUUCCUCGAUUAGAAGACUGGCCUGUUAUGCCCGUGGAACGAAUUGGUUUCAUGCUCAUGCCACAUGGGUUUUUCAAUUGCUCACCAGCAGUGGAUGUUCCCCCAAGCCCAAGUGACUUGGAUGAUAAGGAGAAUGGCAUGCCUGCCAAGCCUAUUGUUAAUGGACUCAUUGCCAAGCUCUGAAAGGACCAAAAGCAGAGACAUUCAGGCUCAUUUAUCCCUUUUAUAUGGUUAUGUUCAUCAAAUCAAUGGGUGGUUCAAUUUAAUCAAAUAUUGAAUACUACUGCUUGUUUAUUGAUUUGCAUGUAAUAUGAUGUUUGUAAAAAUUAUGUUGAUAUUUGUGAAAGGAUUGUUCAUUAUCUAAAUAUCCAUGACAUACCUACCCAGCAUGAAUUGGUUUGAUUAUGAUGGCUCAAGGAUAAACGAAAUAGCGAACAGACUUGUAAUCUAAGUUUGA